CUCACAACUCUCUUUGAUCUUUGUACUUGUGCUUCCCAUCCUUUUUCAUUCAAGGGAACUAAAGAGUGAGUAGUUGAGUACCAUUUCCUAGCAUUCAUGAAGUCUCUAAGGCAACUACUGCUACUACUUCUGGUCAUGGCCAGUGGAUUUAAGCACGUCAUCAGCUCAACCAUAUCAACAACUCAAUUCAAUCUUGAUAACGGACUAUGUCUUAGCUGGAGACUCGCCGUCGAAGCGAACAACAUGGAGCCGUGGCCAACGGUCCCGACCGCUUGCUUGAUCUAUGUCAAAUCUUACAUGCUUCGCGGCCAAUACAACAAGGAUGUCGAAAUGGUCGUUGAUCAGAUAUACGAGUUCUUGAGCUCGAUAGUCGUUAAAGACGACGACAAAGAUGCUUGGAUUCUUGAUGUUGAUGAUACCUGCAUUUCAAACAUCAUUUACUAUCAAGGAAAACGGUUCGGGUGUGAUCCUUAUGAUCCUCAAGGGUUUAAGAGCUGGGCAAUGAAAGGAGCUUGUCCUGCAAUUCCUCAAAUACUUGGAGUUUAUAAGACUUUGAUAGAGAAUGGUUUCAAGGUGUUCCUGAUCACUGGAAGAGAUGAGUUGCUGUUAGGACCAUCAACAACUAUGAAUUUGUUCAUGCAGGGAUUUGUUGGCCAUGAGCAGCUUAUGAUGAGAAACUCAACACAUAAAGGACAGAGUGCGACGAUAUUCAAAUCAAGAAUUCGGAAACAAUUAGUUGAAGAAGGAUACAGAAUACAUGGGAAUAUUGGAGAUCAGUGGAGUGACCUAAGAGGAGAAUGCUCGGGCACACGCACCUUUAAACUGCCGAAUCCCAUGUAUUUUGUCCCUUAGAAACUAGGACAUGCAUUCUCUCCUAGUUGACAAUGCAAAAAAAGAAAAUAGUCUUAUACUGUAUCAAUUUCAAUAUGAUAUCAACUAUCAAGGGGUGCUAAGCAAAGGAAUGACAUGAUCAUUCUAUAUGUAUUUUGAUUGUAAGUCAAAAGAUGAAAUUUCAAGAAAGCAAGUGAAGAACAAUAUUGGCAAAUUACUACUUCCUCUUUUUCAGAAAAAAUU